CAAAAUCGAAAACAAUGAAGACUUCAAUCGUUCUAAUUUUCCUCCUCGUCGCUUGCUGCACUUUGGGGGCUGAAAGUACCUGUAUUUGCACCACCGAAUAUAAGCCUGUUUGUGGUACUAACGGUGUUACUUACGGCAACAGGUGCCAACUGAAAUGUGCGAAAGCCAUAUUUGCCUACGACGGGCCGUGCUGCGGUGGCAUCCGAAUUUAGGGCUGCCAGACGUCUCGUAUUUCCCGGGACGUCCCGUAUUUUAGGCUUAGUUUAAAAUGUCUCGGCGGGACUGACUCUGUUCCGUAUUCGAACUGUUCGAUUACAAUUGUUUUGGUUUUUAUAAAUAUGUUAAAACUAACUUGCUCCUCGGAGAAAUAUAAAAAAAUAAAUAAAUAAAGAAUGUCACUAUA